CCAGCAUUGACCAUGGAUGGCAUCGUCCAGUUACGAUCUGUCGUGGAGAAGGCGCGGGUGAUGCUGAGCGGCGGAGGGGGCAACGGCACCUGUGCUGGGGCGUUCCAGAGCGCUCACCGGGACGCGCCGCACGCCGCAUCCCCUGUUUCAUCCCCCUCUGCCUCCCCGCUGACGUCAGCACAACCGGCGGCACAGAACACACUCUUUGGAGAGACGGUGUGGCUCUUCAGCGUGCUGCUGCCGCUCGCCAUGCUGGGCCGCGCAGCCUUCCUGUUCCUUUUGUCCAUGCUGCACAACUGGUUCUCGCACGAAGAGGAGCCCCCGACCCUCAAUGGGAUGAUCAUCACCUGGUAGGCGGGGCUGAUCAGGGUGGCGGCGUCAGCGGCGCUAGUGUAUUACUACUUUGACCCCCAGGACCAACCAGAGUCGUGCAGAUGAGCGAUGCGCCUCGCCAUGGAGUGCUCUUUAGGAAUCUCUGCCUUGGCAGGACUGCCUUGCUGGCAACCAUGCAAGUGCCGCCAGGCGCCGUGGAAUCGGGCAACAUUACUUGCAAUGCCUCCGUAGCCUUGUUGCAUGACCGUGAUGCAAUGACACUGUAGUGUGGAGAGCCAAGGAGCAGUUUUGGGUGGAGAAGAGUUGGAGGGAGAGUCUUGGGCAGGCUUAGUAACUUAUUAGUGAUGCAUGCUUCAGUACUGACUCACUUCAGCAUUUUGGUGUCAAUUUGAAAUAGUCUGUGCUGCUAUCUGCUGUCAACAUUGUAACACCGCAGAUGCUUAC